CGUCAACCUACGAGCGAAAGCCACCACCUCCCAGUACGAGGAUAGCAUUACCGGAGGAUUAUUUCACGCCAACGUCUUGUCGCAUCCCAGGGACCAUCGUCUCUGGGCAGAAAUGUAUGCUACUGGAAAAUGAGAAUCGCGAGCUGCACGCUCAUCUCAAGAUCUCAGGGGUGGCAAGUUCUCUGUCCCCUCCUGCGUUCAGAAUUUCCACACUGGCAGCAUGAUUUUGAUCUGCGACGACCCUCCCUUCACCUCCCUCCCUCCCUAUUCCUUCCUCCACUUCAUUGAACACGGCUACAGCACGUUCUCUUUAUUUUCGCUUGUCUUCGAUGCCUUUCUGUCGCAAGAAGAGUCAUGAGCGUUGAUGCCCAUAUCGGGAUCAACGACAUUGAUCAACCGCGCGUGACUUCUUUCCUCCUACCACCACCACAAGUCCUGUUAGCAGCACAAAACUAUGACGGCCUCAAGCCUCGAAUUUUCGUGACGGACGACAUACGACGCGAUGUUAAUAUCGUUUCCUUACCUCUAGGUCUCCUGAAGAUAUCAAGUCACGUAGAGUUCGAGGAGCAGAGCGUGUUUACGUUACCAAGAAAUCAGCACGGUGAUUUCCCCGUGACGACGUAUCGCCAUCCGGCGAGCGAGCUUCCGAACUUCAACCAACCCCAGGAUUGCCUUAAGACGACGUAUUUCCGUCCGCCGGGGCCAGGAUUGCGCCGAGACGAUUAUCUGAGCUUGAGCAUGUGCCACGAAGACUUCGAGUACAUGUAUCGGCUUCCGGCGAGCGAGGGACAAAAGUGGAUUUCCCAGAGUGCGAACCUUGCAGAGCCGAAAGCUAGAUUUGGAGCUGCCCACCAAGCUUUUCCGGCUAUUCUCGGUUCUGAGUCAAUGUCAGAUUUUCACGGUUCGAGUUCGACCUCGAUAUCUUCGAGACUGAAACCCUGCCUAGUCAACAUCACGCGUCAAGGAAAUAAAGUUAAACGACCGGCCAGAAAUCAGCGGAAUGCGACCGCAAAGCCAAGUCGUCCUCGACGCCAACCAGGUACACAUUCUACUCGUGAUCGGCAAAAGUGAUGGCCGAUGCCUUAUUUGGUGCAGCAUGGUACUCAGGUCCGUGAUCACAAAAAAUUCUAAUUGUGCCUAUCUACCGUCGCCAUUGUUCCAAAUAUACCAACUAUCCAUCCUCUAAAACCGUGUGUGACCUCCCUUUGCCUUGAGAACAGCCUCGACCCGAUCUGACAUGGACUCAAUAUGCUUAUCAAUAUCCAUUAAGGACAUUGAGGCCCACUCUUGC